AUGACACUUUGGGAGCGUAAACAGGAAGUACAGUGCUGAAAUAAAUUCAACUUAGCUGUAGGCUACAACCUUUCUAAGCUCAUAGUUUUAAACAUUUGGCAAAGUGGAUAUAUAGUAUGCCGAAUUAACUACAAGCACUUCCCGUUUGCAGUGUACCCAUGGAUGUAGAGACAGUUAUCACCGUAUUACUUUGAGACGAAAGAAAACUUAAAAACAUGAUGAUUCUCAGGCAGGUUCUGAGUUUGUAACGAGCGUCCCUGUGAUUUCUAAGAUGAUUUAUGGACGUUUACUCGGAACGAACAUCGACAGCAUCGACAUCCUCAGGAAGUGAGAGCGUCACUCUCGUGCUCCACAAACCACGCUGAGGAUUUUCAACAUGGCUCCUGCUCCUGGUGAAAAUGUUGUUUUACUAAAGGGAAGACUCUUCAAAGGAACACAGGUAAGUUUUAGAAUCUAUGUUUUUCAGUUGUUGUAUCUAUAUUACCACUUCCUGUGUCGUUGCCGUUGGAGAUGCUGUCCUGUUUGUCACCUGCUUCAUCAUUUCAUGUCUUCCAUGUGGCUUGCAUCAGGAGGAAAAUUAAAUUAUGUAAUAAUGUGGCAAAAACAGAAUUCUCCUGUACAUCACGAGGAAGAAAAGUGCACAGGCAAAGAGCGACAUAGCAGUUCCUUAUGAGCUUCACUGUUAUAUUUUCAUAUGUUUCUGUUAUUGUUACCACCUUCGGUGCAUUUCAUGCCUAUGUAAGUUUAUUUAUAUAUAGCACUUUUCAUACACAAAUGAAAUUAAAAUGUUUUACACAGUCCAAAAGAAACAAGAAAAGACAGAAAUAAGAACAUUUAAACAGAGCAAGUCUAAAAGAAGCAAAUAGAAGUAAUAGAAUAAUUAAAUCAAAUUUAAUCAAAAGAGUUUUAUUCUGUUAUGAAACUACAAGGGAGCAAAUCCAUGCUCGCAGCAUCGUUAGCACACAUUAACCCUCCUGUUGUGUUUGGGUAAAAUUUGACCUGUUUCAACUUCAAAUAUUUCAUGAACAUUAUCCUUUUUAUUGGAACAAGGCUUCAAAACAGCAAUAUAAACACAACAACCCUCACCCGUUUGGUGUGUUCCCUCAGGGUUAGGCCUAUUGAGAGCCAUUUCUGUUCCCCACUGCUGGGAACAGAAAACCCCUUUGAUCAGUUCCCACAGUAGCCCAUGAAGUGGGGAAUCUUUCCAGUAUGUGCUGUAUAGAGCAGGGGAACAUAGGACCUUGGGAACACCAUGCCCUGGGAACAUACGUCCCUGGGAGAGCACUUAUGUAGAACUGGGGAACAUAGAACCCAGGGCACAUACGACCAAGGGAACAUAGGAACUGGGGAACAUAGGAAUGACUCCAGCAACACACACACAAACAAAACAAAACAACAAAACACUUUCCCUCAGAAAACAGAAGAAAAUCAAAACAAUAAAACACUGAUUCAAUCAAUACAAUGUUUUAAUGUAUGAAAAUACACUAACAAAUGAGGAAACACAUUAAACAGCAUGACUCUGGAUAAAAACACUAAAAGCUCAUAUGACUACACACACACACACACACACACACACACAUACACUCACACUGUACGGGGGCGUGGUCAUCCACACAUGAAGCUCUAGCACAAACUGUUGUCAAGAGUCUCCCUCUCGCAGUUUGUCCUCUGAGGACAUGGCAGCGGACCAAACAGCGGGAGGAGAUGUGCACACACACCGCAGGCUAAAAACAUCACUACACGUCGUUGUCAGUCUUCGGUUGUUUUCUUCUCUUUGACUCUGCCACGUUUCUUCUUUUUUUUUCACUUGACGACGCGGAGUUUUGCACGGAGCUGACUGAGACACGAAACGGGACGGUAACAAUGCUAAUGGACAACCAGAAGUGCAGUGUAGUCACAGACUGUUGUUGUGCGUCCUGUAAACUGAGUCUUUAGUGUCUUUAGUGCCAAUGAGCGUUUAGUAUUUGUUUUGAAAGUAACUUUUUUUGUAAUUACAUCUUAAAUUGCAAACUUUGGCGCUUACAGAGCGGAUUUAGUAGUUUUAUUUAUGUAAAAUUUGCCUUGAAAUCUUAUUUUGGUCUCUAUAAUUAGCACUAAAUAGUUCUCAAAGGGCUUAUUUUUUCUCUAGGGUGGCAAAAAUUACAAGUGUCACAAAGUAUUUUGAUUAUUUGCCUCCACUCAUGACUUCAGACCUGCCCUCAUUGGCCAAACCCUCCGCAUUUUGCAACUCUUUUUCAUGCGGAACCCAUAAUUGGAGACCUCACUGUGCCGCCCGUUUCACGCGUUUGCGCUCUCAGCCGGAGCAGUGAUGCAGCACGAGCGCCUGCUCAAAGUGUUGGUCAUCGGAGAUCUCGGAGUCGGUAAAACGUCCAUCAUAAAGCGCUACGUGCACCAGGUCUUCUCACAGCAUUACCGGGCCACGAUCGGAGUGGACUUCGCCCUCAAAGUGCUCAACUGGGAUCACAAGACGGUGGUGCGGCUGCAGCUGUGGGACAUCGCCGGGCAGGAACGCUAUGGCAACAUGACCCGUGUGUACUACAGAGAGGCUGUGGGGGCCCUCGUCGUCUUCGACAUGACCAGACUGUCCACGUUUCAGGCCAUCCUCAAGUGGAAAGGAGACCUGGACUCGAAGGUCGCUCUGACCAAUGGGAGGCCAGUUCCAGCCGUUCUACUCGCCAAUAAGUGCGACCAGCGUCGUCACGGUUUGUGCCCCAAACUGCCCAAACUGGAGAACUUUUCCAGAGAGUACGGUUUCGUCGGCUGGUAUGAAACCUCUGCCAAGGACAACACCAAUAUCGAUGCAGCCAUCACGUGUCUGGUGAAAAGCAUCAUGUCCGUGGAGGAGGAGAGAUCCUUGAGCGAAGCUGCCAGCGCCGCCGGUAAAAGCGAACCAGAGGGCAGCGUUCUUGUUCUGCCUCGCUUCGAUUACGAUGUGAAGGAGAAAGGACUCGGUGGAUGUUCAGGAUGCCCUUCGCUUAAACCCAGAGACAGAGACAGUGACUGAAAGAGGGAGGGAUGGGUCUGAACCAAGAGACUGGAAGGAGACAGAGAGAGGAGUGUGGAGAUUACUUUACUGAAUAAUUAAUAUGUUGUAACUUAAAGUUGCAUCCUCUUCCUCCGCCCUCACAAAUGCUUUUCUUCAGAAGAGAUGUCAGAAGAAACAGUUAAACAGUUCAGGAUUUGAAUGAAGAAGAUUUGAAAUAGCUAAAGAAAUUGUGCAAAAAAUCUUUCAUACUGAAAACUUGUUUUUAAAAUAUUUUAUAGCUUUGGAAGAAAACGUGACUCACAGCAACAUUUUUAAACGCACAACACCUUGAUUACAGAGCUGAAUUUCUUGUUUCAUGACAGAAUUUAGUCCGUUUCACUUGUGAAGACCAUAUUGAAAACUACUUGUUAAGUAUCUUAUAUUCCUAAAAAUCUCUCACACAUCUUCUCGCCAAAGCAUUUUGAAGGUCUUUUAUUUUAGUUGUUUUAAUGCUUUUGCUGGAGCAAAAAUAUCAGCAGAUGUUAUUAUGCUUUAAAUAUCAGAAAACCAGCAUGUUUUAUUUAAAAGACAAAAAAAUAGUUUUUAAAAUUAUAUCUCUAGGAUUUUGUCUUUAAAUUUAGCAGUAGCUGCCAUGGCACAGUGCAUGAAAGCAGCUACUUAAGUGUUUUGUUGAUUUAUUGAUAUUUUAUAUAAUAAUUUAAAAUAAGUUUGCUUUGUGUUUAGAGUAUGAGUUAACAGUAUUUAACUGGCACAAGAUGGUCUGACAAGUGUAACUACAGGGCUAACAAACACGGUUCGAGACUUAAUUUUGAUGUUUUGCUUUUUUGUAUUUUAAAACAGCAUUGUGCGCGUGUGCUAGCUAAUGUUAGCGGUGCUGCCGCCAUCAUCAGGUCAAAAGUUUUGCUUGGUUUAUGACCAAACACGUGCAAAACUAAUGACAUCCUCAAUAGUCUCAGAUGUACUUUGUUUUGUGCUGAUUAGCAAAUAUUAGCAAAGUGCGCUAAACUGAGAUGGAGACUGUGGUAAACCUGCUAAACAUCAGCAUGUUAGCACUGUUACUAGCAUUAGCAUGUAGCUGAAAGCACUACAGCUUCACAGAACCGCCAGCGCAGUUAUAGUCUUUUGUGGUGUAGUCUCAUUACAGCAGAAAAACAGUGGUCUUGUGGUAUAUGUUUACGUCAGUUAGCGCAGUAUUAUCACUCUGAAAUUCCCUUAGUUACAAUACAGAUGUUACAGUAGAUUGCUACAACUGUGGUUUUAUAACAAACGUGGUAGCUGCAACUGCAUGCUAAUAUUUCACCAAGCAAAUAGGCCUGUCCUUUUUGUGUGGGCUAAUCUGAGGUCAGUUUUUGUUGUUGUUGUUGUUGUUGUUGUACAGACAACAUAAAGCAUUCUUUCAGUUUAAGCAGAGGUCAGCAGCAAUUGGCUGAAGGUCAGUGCAGCUCAGGUCAAAGUUUAACAAGUUUGAGCAUUCGGAUGACCGCUGCAGACAUCCACAAAAAGUCAUAGCAGUGCCCCACAUUAUACAGUAAUGCAGAAACUGGUUUUCUGCAAUAAUAUGAAUUUAUUCCACACAAACUUCUUGCUUUUUUAAAGUGACAUGUAAUAAGUUCAUGUCUAGUGUUCGAUUAUUCAGUCGUUGUUCACUCACCUCUUGGCCGUAAACCAGGAACGACAACAGAAUAAGAGUCCCGUCUCUGCCGCACUCAUUUUCACUCAUUUCAUUGUGUUUUCCUCUUUUACUCACACGUGUAUUGCUCUGUAAUUAAAAGCUUGAAAAUCUACUCUAA